GGUCACUGACCCCGCCUGCCUGCUGACAAUCGCUACAGAAUGGCGGCUCUUUUGGAAUCGCUGCUUCUGAGAAAAGUGGACGUGAACAAGGUCUUGGACUGGUUAAAACAGCCGGAGGGUGAACGCUUGGUUUUCAGUGAGGUUGACAUAACGGCUCAUAAGCAGGAGUUCGUCCCAUUUCUUCUGAACUUCCUUCGAGAUCAGAGCAGCCAAGCCCUCACACAUGGACCCGCCACGCCUGCCAAGACCCCGAGCCGGACCAGAACCGCCAAUCAUGCAGAGUCCGACCGAAGAGGCUGCAGAUCAGCUGGCAGCGCCGCCGGCUCUCGGAGUGCAAGUCGUGUGCAGCUAUUCUCUCCUGGGCCUGCGGUGUCUCCCGGAACCGAGUGGGAGUCGAGUCACGGUGCGAGUGGCCUCAGUGCCUUCAGCAGCCCCUCCUUCUCCUCAGCGUCGAGUCCAGCUUUCAGACAUACCGGGUCCGACCGCCGGCCCAGUGGGCGCAUCAGUCUCGGCGACUACAUGCUUUCCCCUCCUGACCAGCAGCACAGCCCCAGCUUUCAGCCUCAAAAGGGACGGAGGAGAACUAGUGGGGGACCUGCUAGUGGAGGUCAACUAAGACAUGGAGGUGGGCGAGGGGGGCAUCAUGGGGAUGAGGCAGGACGGUGGGAGAGUGGUGGGAGGAGAUCAAGUCGAGGAGGGUUCAAUAGAAUCAUGGAGCAGGUGUCACCACCGGCUGUGGGCCAGCUUAACUUUAACAACCUGGAAGACUUCCCUCCCGUUGGAGCUUCUCCUGGUUCUCUUUCGAGCUCCAAACCUUCUCGGAGAAUCAACCCCACGCCAGUGAGCGCAGAGCGACCACAUUCUAAACCAAAGACCUGUUUCACUUCAACUCCGUUCACCAAAGCCACGAGUCCACCAGUGGGCGAUGGGGUGCUGGAGAAGUCUUCCAUGAUAGUGACCAGCCCUUUGAGUCUCAAAGAAGAGAGAGAGCUCCUCAAGAUGGAAAAGUCCAAACGGGCGCACGAGGUUUGCUCUCCACUAAAACCAGACCCUAGCACGCCCACAAAGUCUGGACUUAGGACAGGAUCUAAGAAUACACCUGAUCUUCAACGACCUUCUCCAGAACCAACCAAAGUCACCUUUGCCUCUGAGUUGGAUCUCCUUGCAGAGCUCUACUGUACCUGCAUUUCUGAAAACUUGGUACCCAACAUUUUUGUGGAGCUGUUUUUUGUGAUGCAGCUUCUCACGUCUCAGUCUCCUCACAACCAUGAUGCUGAUGACCAGGACAGUUUCUGUGCUGCAAAUGCAGAUGUCCUGGAGAGGUGUUACUUAAGACAAGUACACAACUGUGUGUAUUUUGCGAUCCAGGUCCUGGAGAAUCAGUUUCAGCUGAUCGCUCAGUUAGACAAAUGCACGCUGCGUCUGCUGGCGGAGAACGAGAGAGUGGCAUCUUUUGCUCCAGAUUUCAGGGACCGUUUGACUCUGGCGCAGGAUCAAAGCGCUGCCACGAUUUCUCCUUCAGUUUCUACUUUCAUCCACUCAGUACCCUUCCAGCCUGCGACUGACAACCGCUCCAACUUCAACAGUGACCGUGCCUUCCACACUUUCAAAAAACAAAGGGACAUGUUCUAUGAGGUGCUGCGAGAGUGGGAGGACUUCCACAAGGAGCCAGCCUGGAGCUUUGAUGCUGCUCUUGGGAGUCGGAUUAGAGGAAUGAUGAGUCAGUUGACGUCCGCAGGAAACCAUUCCCAUUUCGCCCGUCUCUUCCUGAAGCAGCUCAUUCAGAUGUGUAAGGGCCCCAGAGUGAGUGGCUCCGCGGGGGACCAGCCUGAUGCUGAUUUGCUGGGCAUCGUGGGAGCGGAAAGUCUCGGCCGUCUCAAGCGACUCGAAGAGCGUCUCAUCCAGCCUCAGGGCGUUUCGGGGCCGUGCCCUCCUCCGUCCUUCCCGGGCCACCAGGAGUUCUUCAGGGAUUUCCUUCAGACGGCCAGCUGUUGUCAGCUGAACCAGCAUCUGCAGGACAGCUUGUGUCAGCAGCUCUUACAGCUGGAUGAAGUCUCCAUCCUGAUCGGUAACACAUCUGCCGGGGACACCGCGCCUGAGCAAGAUGGAGACAUGGAGCAGCAGGAUGACAAGCAGCGCUUCACCUCGGUUCUGCUGCUCGCUCGUCUUCUGGCAAAAUUCAUGGGCUUCAUCUCGUUCCUUCCGUACCAAACUUCAGAGAAAACCUCCAAGGAGAUUCAGGAGACCGCCAUCGCUCUCCGCAGCAAGAGCGUUCCAGUUCUGGAUGUCUGUGCUGUGCUGAAAAACAGUGUGAGGAGGAAGCGUACUAUUCUUACUGUGCCCUGGCUGGUGGAGUUCCUCUCCAUGCUCGACUUCAUCGGCCCGUUUCUGGACUGCUACAGAACCGUGUUGGGCUCCUUGCUCCUUCUCUACAAGAGCUUGUUGCUCAGCAGUUGUGGGGAGAUGUGCUACCUGAACAAGCUGCUGCUGGUGUCCAUGUUGGGAUGGCUCUUCCAGAUCCCUGUGAUUCCUGAGGACAUUUUCUUUACCAAUGAGUUCACCAUCAAGGCUGAGCUGGAGAAAGACUCCAGUGCGUCUGGACUUGACUGUAUUCCUUUGGUGGAUCAGCAGCUUCUUUACACCUGCUGUCCGUUUCUGGGAGAGUUCCGGAAACUCCUCGCUGCGUUCGUGUCCGGAAGCACGUCAAAGAGCGGAGGAAUCAUCCGGAAAAUCACCCCCACCUCAGCCGAGCAUCGAGAUCCGCCGUGUUUGAUUCGAUACCAGCACAAGCUCCAGGAGGACCUAGAGGAAGCCUUCUUUCAUAACCAGCCACCAUCUCUGCGGCGCACCGUGGAGUUUGUCGCUGAGCGGGUUGGUUCCAACGCAGUCAAGCAUAUGAAAGCUACUUUAUUCAGCGAGUUGUUGGAGAAGGGUGAGAAGAUGCUGAGGGAGGGACUCGAGUCCACGAAGUCCGAUCCUGUCAAACUGAAAGAUGUCAUCUGCACACAGCUGUGUGAGGCAGGCAUGGAGGCUCUGAGCCGAGCUAUGAGUUUUUGCAGUGAGAAGAGCCCGGAGGCGAUCCGGAUCCUGCUCCCUGAUGAGACCUCUGCUGCCGUUUUGACCACCGCCGAGAACAUCACUAAGCACCUGGCGACAAAAAAGGCCUGCAGCUGGCUGUCGGCUAAAAUUAACGAGGUGAUCCAGCGGGAGUGGAAGAGCAGGUACGAUCGCAUCAUGAAGUCUCUGGGAAGCUCCACUGCUGCAGAGUCCAGCACUGUGGCAGAGCCACUUGACUCAGGCUCUCAAGGACAGAACACCACUCCAAAGAGGAAACAAAGAAGUGAACAAGUUCUCUCCUGCCCUCCGUCCUGCAGCCACAGUGCUCUUCUUCCCUCUGACGUCCUCAUUCAGAUCAAAGACGUGUUGAGUGUCGCUGUGGGUCCCAGGACAGAUGAGGAGCUCCCCACAGGCUCGCAGCUUAAAGUGAUGAUUCGAAAUGCAGGAGAGACUCUAGCCUGCAGGAAGUUCUCCACCACAGUGUCGGACCAGAUGAUCCUCAACACAACUGUCCUGCUGGCAUGCAAGCUCGUGUCUGCAGAGCUACCGCUGAUCUCUGUGUCAGGACCCGGUGACAGAGAUUCAGGGGACGAGCCGUCGGUCAGUGAGCUGCUGAAACUUCUGGUUGGAUUGUGGGAGCAAGACUUCUGCUCCUCCGCCCCUCUCCACCUCCUCUUUUCACACGUCACGGUCACCGCAGUGCUGACAGGGAGCGACACUGAGUGGAACAACUACCUGUGCCUGAUCGGACUACUUGACAGCAGAGGACUCCUGAGUGAUCAGCUCGUGUCUCAGUGGCAGAGUCUCAGAGAGCAGCUGAUACCAGCAGAGCGCCAGGAGAAGAUCCAGCUGCCCUCACAAAACCCAAAACUCUUUCUAAAACUCCCAAAUCAAAAAGACCUGCUGCAGGUGUCGGAACGAACACUAGAGGGCGCUACAUGAUGAACAUCUGUACGUCCAAACGUUUGGGAAGUGCCUUUUAAUAUGCAAUGUUUCAGAUAACUUAUCGAAUGCACGACUGCAUUUUUAGUAGUUUCUGUUCAUGUUGAACAAGUUCUGUAUUAAAACGCUGAUUUUACUGCAACUGUAUUUUAUGCUGACCUCCAAAGUGAAAGAAUAAUAAAGGUA